AUGGAGGCCAUCAAGGCGACUUUUGCGCAAUGCAAAAAGGAAAACAGAGCAGCCCUGAUAACUUAUUUCACUGCGGGAUACCCAACCAAAGACUCCACCGCCGAUGUCAUGCUAGGGCUGCAAGCUGGUGGUGCUGACAUCAUCGAGCUCGGCCUCCCCUUUACAGAUCCUAUUGCGGACGGACCUACCAUCCAGAAAUCGAACACCAUCGCUCUUCAGAAUGGUGUCAACAUAACGACCAUCCUCGACGUCGUGCGAGACGCUCGCAAACGAGGCCUCCGUGUUCCCGUCCUCUUCAUGGGCUACUACAACCCCUUACUCCGCUACGGUGAAGACCGCAUGCUGAAGGAUUGCAGAGAGGCGGGCGUCAAUGGGUUCAUUAUGGUCGACUUGCCGCCGGAGGAGGCGGUCAGAUUUCGAAACAACUGCACGAAAGCCGGACUUUCAUAUGUGCCGCUCAUUGCUCCAUCCACGUCGGAGAAACGAAUGAAGCUGCUCUGCAAGAUUGCCGACUCGUUCAUCUAUGUUGUGUCGAGAAUGGGUGUGACGGGCGCCACAGGGACAUUGAACACGAAACUGCCGGAGCUGCUGGAAAGAGUGCAUCAAUACUCUGGCGGUGUUCCCGCUGCCGUCGGAUUUGGUGUUAGUACCAGAGAGCAUUUCCUGAGUGUCGCAGAGAUUGCAGAGGGCGUGGUCAUCGGAAGCCAGAUCGUAACAGUCCUCGGUAACGCAAAGGAGGGCCGAUAUGCGAAAGCGGUCCAAGAGUAUUGUUCGCAGAUCACCGGUCGCAAAGUUGGCGAAUACAACGAGACCAACGGCUUGACCAGAGAGGUCGGAAUCGUCGAGACAAUGAAUGCCGCGAAGGAACCCAAUGCUUCAACCAAUGGGCUGAAUGGUCAUCAAGUCCAAGUCGACAAAGUCAUUACUGAUGCAGAUGUGCCCUCGGAACCUGGUCUGGCCGAUCAGCUCGAUGCCCUCAACUCUGCCACCAAUGGCACUGAACCCAACCCUGAUGCAAUUCCUGCCCGAUUCGGCCAGUUUGGUGGUCAAUACGUCCCGGAGUCACUGAUGGAUUGUUUGGCGGAGCUCGAGGAGGGCUUCACCAAGGCCAAGAAUGACCCGGCAUUCUGGGAAGAAUACAGAUCCUACUAUCCCUACAUAAGCCGACCUUCGUCACUACAUCUGGCAGAUCGGCUUACCGAACGCAUCGGCGGGGCUCAGAUCUACCUGAAAAGAGAAGAUCUGAACCACACUGGAAGCCACAAGAUCAAUAACGCUCUGGGACAAAUCCUCGUCGCGCGACGACUCGGCAAGACUCGCAUCAUCGCCGAGACCGGAGCCGGUCAACACGGUGUGGCUACUGCGACUAUGUGUGCCAAAUUUGGCAUGGAGUGUUGUGUCUACAUGGGCGCCGAGGAUGUGCGUCGUCAGGCCUUGAAUGUUUUCCGAAUGAAGCUCCUCGGCGCGAAGGUCGUUGCCGUGGAAGCUGGUUCUCGUACCCUGCGUGACGCUGUCAACGAAGCCUUGCGUGCGUGGGUGGUUGAACUUGACACCACUCACUAUAUCAUUGGAUCGGCCAUCGGGCCUCAUCCCUUCCCCACCAUUGUCCGCACAUUCCAAAGUGUGAUCGGGCAAGAAACGAAGGAGCAGAUGAAGGCACUGAUAGGCAAGUUGCCUGAUGCCGUGAUUGCCUGCGUUGGCGGCGGCUCCAAUGCCGUCGGCAUGUUCUUCCCCUUCAGCUCCGAGCCGUCGGUCAAGCUGAUCGGCGUGGAAGCCGCCGGCGAGGGUGUGGAGACGGGCAGGCACUCUGCCACUCUGUCCGGCGGUUCGGUCGGUGUGCUGCACGGUGUGAGAACCUAUGUCCUCCAGAACGAACACGGUCAAAUCGCCGAUACACACUCCAUCUCGGCAGGUCUCGACUACCCUGGUGUUGGCCCUGAGUUGUCGAAUUGGAAAGAUAGCGACCGUGCACAGUUCAUCAGCGCCACCGAUGCCCAAGCGCUCAUCGGGUUCCGAACGCUCAGUGAGACUGAAGGGAUCAUUCCGGCGUUGGAGUCGAGUCACGCGAUUUAUGGAGCAAUGGAGAUUGGCAAGAAGAUGGGCAAAGACCAGACCUUGGUCAUCUGUCUCAGUGGCAGAGGUGACAAGGAUGUCCAGAGCGUUGCGGAUGAGUUGCCGAAGCUGGGGCCACAGAUUGGUUGGGAUUUGAGGUUUUAG